AUGGUCAUGGGGACCGCAGAAAUUUGUUCGAUUGCGGAUGUUAUCUUUAUUAUAGAAGGUACGGCUAUUAAUGGUGCCUACUUAAAUGAUAUGAAGACCAACUAUAUUAUUCCUACGUUAGAGUAUUUUAAUCAAGGAUCAUUGGAAGAGAGAGAUUAUGUCUGUGAGAGUACCAGUGCCCUGUAUGGUGUUAUAAUUUAUCAUGCUGCUGACAGACUUCCAAGCUCUUGCACAGAUAUAUAUGGCCCCUACUCUAAUCCUCAUCGAGUUUUACAAGUUCUUGAUAAGAUUGAACUCAUUGGAGGGCGAGGUGAGUCAAAUGCAAAUGUUGCUGAAGGAUUUGCUGCUAGUUUGGUAUGUUUAGAUGAUUUACAACUGAGAAGAGAAAAUGGAGCAAAUCCUCAAAAGCAUUGUAUUCUUAUUUGUAAUUCUCCUCCGUACAUGAUGCCUGUGAUAGAAAAUCAGUCCUAUAUAGGAAAUACUGCUGAACAGUUAGCAACUCUUUUUAGCGAAAAAAAUGUUCACCUAUCAAUUAUAUCACCAAGAAAAAUACCACUCAUGUUCAAGCUUUUUGAAAAAGCUGGAGGAGAUCUCACAACAUCUCAGACCAAAAAUUAUGCUAAGGAUCCUAGACAUUUAGUUUUACUGAAAGGUUUUAGUUUACCCAGUCUAAAAGAACGACCUGUGAGCCCGACCAGUGCUAGUGCUGCUGCACAGCAUAACUUGAAUGUACAGUUAUCAAGUCCACUUCCUUCUCAUGGAAGUCCUAUGUCUACACCUGCCCAACCACAACCACCUCAGCCUAAUCAGGCAGCACCAACAAUACUUCAGGGAACUCCUGUAGUUAGUGGAGUACCCGCAGCAGCAGCAGCUCCUAGAGGUUUCCCACCCGCCUAUGCUCCUGGACGACCUACCUGGAGACUGACAACAAUGCACCAGUCUGUCCCUAGAGCUCCAAACUAUCCCACUCAACCUGGAAGUGCUCUCAUAGAACAGCUAACAAGGCCCCCAUCAAUCACACCUCAAUUUAACAAUACAACUACUUUAGGAGGCACAGGGUUGAAUGCUCAAUCUGCGCAGCAAUCUCAAAUGCCUCCCCAACAGCAGCAAACAGCUCAGCCAAUGCAGAGAAUUCUCGGAACACCAGGAGUUAUUGGCCAGCAAGUGGCAAUUGUUCAACCACAGCCACCAAACGUGAUGCCACAGAACCAGCAAGAACACCCACUGGUUAUAGGUCUCAUGCCACAACAAACAGGAGUCAUGCAACAAACAAAUUUACAACCUGGCAUGAUGGGGCAAGCGCAGCCUCAGGCCGGUGUUAUGCAAGUACAGCCUGGACCCCCAAUGCAACAGGCUCAAGCUUCACAGCAGCAGGGACAAAGAGAGAGACAAACGAUUUGGCAAGGUAUACUGGAGUGGCUUGAGAAGAAGGCACCUGGGGAUUCGCAGAAGAUGACAAGGCAUGUACCUUGUCAAGUUUCUACAAAUUAUAAAGAAGGAGGAGAGCCUGAAUUAAAGGCUGAUUCGUGGCCCCAGAAGUUGAUAAUGCAGUUGAUGCCCAAACAGCUGAUCGGUAAUAUUGGAGGUGCAUAUUUGAAAAACUCUAAAUCAGUGUUGUUUCAUCCACAGGCAUGUGAUGCAUUGGAGUCUUUGACCAAAGUUAUGAGCACUGGUUAUGCUGGAUGUGUUCACUUCACCAGUACUCCUCAGUGUGAUAUAAAAGUUUUGAUUCUUUUAUAUACUUCUGAGAAGAGAGCCUAUCUUGGUUUUAUUCCCAAUGAUCAAGUUGCAUUUGUGGAUCGCUUGAGGAAAGUUAUUCAGCAUCAGAAGUCAACACAUGCGCUUACUAGACAGGGCGGGGCUCCGACUGGACAAGCUAUCCCAGGAGGUGGUCUAGCUGGACCACAGGUGCCUCCUACAAGUCAAGCCCAGUUGGGCACAAUGUUGCAACAACAGCAGCCUCAGCAACAGCAGCAAGCUAUUGGUGCAACAUUAGGAGUUGGGCAAAAUACCUCUAUGCUAGCGGCUUCUGGAAUGCAAAGUGAAGCUAAUCAACAACAAGGUUCCAAUCAGGGAGGUCAGUUUAAUACACACCUUGUCGAAGCAAGGCAAGAAAAUCUUUUCAAAAUACAGAGGCUACAACAGACCCUAGAGGCUGCACAGCAACAAGAACUACAAUAUAAAAACCAAUUAGAGGUAACCUCUAAUUAUUACUCACAGGGGGCACCACGCGGAGGCGAUCUGUCUUCAUCCCCUCAUAUCUCAAAUCUUUUCAAAAUACAGAGGCUACAACAGACCCUAGAGGCUGCACAGCAACAAGAACUACAAUAUAAAAGCCAAUUAGAGGUAACCUCUAAUUAUUACUCACAGGUCUUAUCCCCACUGAUGUCACUUUACAGGGCUUAAAUGUCCAAUGUUCAUAUACGUCUUCCUCUAAAGUACCAAAUAGUGCAUAAAUAGUCGUAGAAUCAGUAAUCAACUGGUGAUAUAAUUAAUACUCAGUUAAGAAUGCAAUUCAAAAUUGUUUGAUGCAUGUUGAUUUAUUGAUUUGAUUGUGAAGAUAAUGUUUAUGUUUUAGCAGGAGCAACAAAAACAGUUAAGAGCUCAAUUACAGCAGCAGUUGCAGCAACAGCAGCAGCAACAACAACAACAGCAACAAGUAAGGGGGUUGGCUCCUCAGCAGCAGCCCAAUCCUGCACAGCAGCGAAUGAUGAGGCCUCCUAUUUCCAAUAACCAACUUAGACAUUUACUUCAAGGGCCACAGCCUCAAUAUAGGAUGAAUAUGGGGCAACAGCAGAUGGUUCGAGCGGGACUUCCUCAAGCACAACCAGGCCAGCAAAUGAAUUCUCAGCAACAGCAGUUUGAUGAUGUUGCUUCUUAUGACUUCUUAUCUUAA